AUGGCUGUGGGUGUAGGUGUAGGUUUGGGUGUGGAUGUGGGAGUAAGGGCGGGUGUUGGUGUGUGUGUAGGGUUGCAUGUGGAUGAGGGAGAACGGGUGGGUAUGGCUGUCGGUGUAGGUUUGGAUGUGGAUGAGGGUGUAAGGGCGGGUGUUGGUGUGUGUGUAGGGUUGCAUGUGGAUGAGGGAGUACGGGUGGGUAUGGCUGUCGGUGUAGGUUUGGAUGUGGAUGAGGGUGUAAGGGCGGGUGUUGGUGUGUGUGUAGGGUUGCAUGUGGAUGAGGGAGUACGGGUGGGUAUGGCUGUCGGUGUAGGUUUGGAUGUGGAUGAGGGUGUAAGGGCGGGUGUUGGUGUGUGUGUAGGGUUGCAUGUGGAUGAGGGAGUAAGGGCGGGUAUGACUGUCGGUGCAGUUUUGGAUGUGGAUGAGGGAGUAAGGGCGGGUGUUGGUGUGUGUGUAGGGUUGCAUGUGGAUGAGGGAGUAAGGGCGGGUAUGACUGUCGGUGCAGGUUUGGAUGUGGAUGAGGGAGUAAGGGCGGGUAUGACUGUCGGUGUAGGUUUGGAUGUGGAUGAGGGUGUAAGGGCGGGUGUUGGUGUGUGUGUAGGGUUGCAUGUGGAUGAUGGAGUAAGGGCGGGUAUGGCUGUCGGUGUAGGUUUGGAUGUGGAUGAGGGUGUAAGGGCGGGUGUUGGUGUGUGUGUAUGGUUGAAUGUGGAUGAGGGAGUAAGGGCGGGUAUGACUGUCGGUGCAGGUUUGGAUGUGGAUGAGGGAGUAAGGGCGGGUGUUGGUGUGUGUGUAUGGUUGCAUGUGGAUGAGGGAGUACGGGUGGGUAUGACUGUCGGUGCAGGUUUGGAUGUGGAUGAGGGAGUAAGGGCGGGUAUGACUGUCGGUGUAGGUUUGGAUGUGGAUGAGGGAGUAAGGGCGGGUGUUGGUGUGUGUGUAGGGUUGCAUGUGGAUGAGGGAGUACGGGUGGGUAUGGCUGUCGGUGUAGGUUUGGAUGUGGAUGAGGGUGUGAGGGCGGGUGUUGGUGUGUGUGUAGGGUUGCAUGUGGAUGAGGGAGUAAGGGCGGGUAUGACUGUCGGUGUAGGUUUGGAUGUGGGUGAGGGUGUAAGGGCGGGUGUUGGUGUGCGUGUGUGUGUAGGUUUGGAUGUGGAUGCGGAUGAGGGUGUAGGUUUGGAUGUGGAUGGAGGUGUAAGGGCGGGUGUGGGUUUGGAUGUGGAUGAGGGAGUAGGUCUAAGUGUCGAUGUGGAUCUGGAUGGACGGUUUGAUGUGUUCAGGGAGUAA